CCUUGCAAAACGCUCUCUAAGAACUGACGCCACAAUGAACUGGACAGGUCAGCUUCUAAGUCUGGUCUGCCUGGCCUUGGCCUACACCAAGGUGGACUCCAGACCGAGGUUGGACGCUCUAAUGGUUCAUGAGUGGACAUCAGUGGACAUUGAAUGGCCUUCUGAUGCGGUGAAACAGGAAUACAUAAAGAAUGGUUCUUUCGUGGCGGAGAAAAAUAUCAUAACUGGAAUUAAGGUUUAUAAAAAUCAAAUUUACGUUACAAUUCCAAGAUGGCGCACCUUAACUGGCAUACCAGUGACCUUGGCCACGGUUGUCCAAAGUGACGUUCGAAGCAAACUGAGACCAUACCCUGACUGGACAUCCCAAACUGUCGGUGACUGCCAGUCGUUGCAGAACGUCCAGAGCAUGGAAAUAGACCCCAAUAGCGGCUUAAUGUACGUGCUGGAUACAGGCAGAAUUGGUAUAUUGUCAGACGCCGUCAAGCCUGAGAAUUUGUGUCCAGCAAAGAUUGUUGUUCUGGACCUAAACACCAACAAACAAGUGGCCAGUUACGACAUGCCUGCUGAUGUAGUCAGUAGGGACAAUAACUUUAUGAACGACAUUGUGCUGGAUUACGUUGACGGUCAGGUGAGAUAUGCCUACAUUACCGACGUCUUAGAGGAAGUUAUCCACGUAUUCGACUUUCUUACGGGAGCAGCCUGGAACGUUAAGGACGCGGACUCUAUGAAAGCAGAAGCAAACGGUGAAGAUUUUAUUAAUAACGGUGUCAACUACACGUUUACCGUGGGUGUAGACGGUAUAGCUAUGUCGCCUGACUUUGACUACGUGUACUACUGCCCCCUAGCGGGCUAUAAACUCUACCAAGUUCCCACGUCGUCUCUGAGGAACGGUAGUGCUCAAGGGGUAAGACCUGUGGGGAAAAAAGUCUCACAGAGUGGCGGUGUGAUUUACAGUGACAAAAGCUUCUACUACGGGGCUUUGGCCGACAACGCUGUAUAUUCCUGGGACGCCCAAAAAGAUGCCAGAGACCAGAAUGUGGAUAUUGGUCACGUGAAAUUGACCACAGAGAUGCUGGUUGCGAAAAAUAACCAAACCAUGCAGUGGCAAGACACGUUUGCUGUUGACGAAUGCGGCUGGCUUUGGUUUGUCUCUAAUCGUUUGCAGUUGUUUAUCACAGACACCAUGGACUUUUCCGGGAGGGAGAUCAACAUGAGAAUUUGGAAAGUCUUCAUCAACGAAACCAGCUACCUUCAGGGGGCACGGGAGAGAACUGCAAUUCUUCCUAUUAUUGGUUGAUCAAACAUGGUUUAUAGGUCAAGUGAAAUGGCAAACAAGGGAACAGAGGAAGACACAAUACGCGGAGAUAUAGACAUGGGUGGCUUUGUUUACUUGUUGGAUUUUUUGUUUUUGUUUUAGUAAGAGUUUUGGAGCACUUGCAACGCAAUAAGGUCCUGUAAGUGGAAUGAGGUAUUAACGAACAGAGGUGUUACAAGAAAGUAACAAUAACGAAAUAAAAAAGAAGCAGGGGAGAUAAGGACGUUAGGUGUUUGACAGGAAAGAAGUGGCAAACCACACCAUAGCACGUACCAGCCACCCAAGAAAUAUCAAUAAAGAUUAACUCAUCGUC